AUGCCCUCUCUUCACAUCAUCUUAACCACAAGCUUUAUUAUUACCUUGGUAAUCUUAAUCUCUCCUGUCUUUACCUCUAUUCUAUAUAAAUCUCUAAACCCCAACUGACACACACACCACAUCAAAACAGCCGUCAAAAUAGCCUUCUUUACUAGCCUUCUCCCCCUUUUCUUGCACCUGCACACAGGUACAGAACUUACAAUCACUAACCUACACUGAAUAAAUAUUAUAACCUUUGACAUCAACACUAGCUUUAAACUAGACCACCUCUCCAUUACAUUUGUCCCCAUUGCUCUAUACGUAACCUGAGCCAUCUUAGAAUUCGCAUCCUGAUACAUAAAAUCUGACCCAAACAUCAACCAGUUCUUUAAAUUCCUCCUCAUUUUCCUCAUUGCCAUAGUCACCCUUGUGACCGCGAAUAAUAUAUUUCAACUAUUCAUUGGGUGAGAGGGAGUAGGAAUUAUAUCCUUCCUACUCAUUGGCUGAUGAUGAGCCCGAGCAGACGCAAACACCGCUGCACUUCAAGCAGUCCUUUACAACCGAGUUGGAGAUGUUGGACUUAUUUUUGCACUAGGAUGAAUAGCCACCAACUUAAACUCUUGAGAAAUACAACAAAUAUUUAUUACAGCCAAAUCCCUAGAUAUAAAUGCACCCCUCAUUGGACUAAUCCUUGCAGCCACGGGAAAAUCUGCUCAAUUUGGCCUACAUCCUUGACUCCCAUCUGCCAUAGAAGGCCCCACUCCUGUCUCUGCCCUACUUCACUCAAGCACAAUAGUUGUCGCAGGUAUUUUUCUUCUUGUACGUCUAAGCCCUCUCAUACAAGACAACCCCUUCGCCCUAACUACCUGCCUUAUCCUAGGCGCACUCACUACACUAUUCACCACAAUUUGUGCUUUAACACAGAACGACAUUAAAAAAAUCAUUGCAUUUUCCACAUCCAGCCAACUAGGCCUAAUAAUAGUUACUAUCGGCCUAAACCAACCAUAUCUUGCCUUUCUACACAUUUGCACCCACGCCUUUUUCAAAGCAAUACUCUUCCUCUGCUCCGGUGUUAUUAUUCACGCCCUAAAUAACGAACAAGAUAUUCGAAAAAUAGGAGGCCUUCACUAUUUAAUCCCCACUACCACCUCCUGCCUUACUAUUGGAAGCCUAGCCCUGAUAGGAACCCCCUUCCUAGCGGGCUUCUUCUCAAAAGACGCCAUCAUUGAAGCCCUAAACAACUCUUACCUUAACGCCUGAGCCCUUGCCCUCACCCUUCUAGCUACCUCUCUUACCGCCGCGUACAGCUUACGAAUAAUCUUUUUUGUUAACAUAAAUUUUCCCCGGUUUCCAGCCCUCUCCCCUAUCAACGAAAACAUUAAAUCUAUUACCAACCCCCUCAAACGACUUGCAUGAGGAACCAUUUUAGCCGGGCUCCUAAUAACUUGCGCAGUCCUCCCUCCCAAGCCCCCUAUGCUAUCCAUACCCCCCUACAUCAAACUAACUGCCUUAGUAAUUACUAUUUUAGGCCUCACCAUUGCCCUAGAGCUCGCCCUUUUUACUAACAAACAACGUCCCUACAUACCAAAACAAUACUUCUACUUCUCUACCAUACUAGGCUAUUACCCCACAAUCAUACACCGCUUCUUCCCCUAUACCUUCCUAAAACUAAGCCAAACCAUUGCUACUAUAACCAUCGACCAGACCUGGUUGGAAAAAACAGGCCCUAAAACUAUUACCUCUCUAAACCUCUCCCUUGCAACAACCACAAGCAACAUCCAAAAAGGUAUAAUCAAAACAUUUCUCUCCCUAUUCUUCACCACAUUAAUAAUUAUCAUUUUACUAAACUACUAUUAG